GCCCUUAUGAUUGCUUCCUCCACUGCUCCUCCCGCCCGGUCUCCGCCUCCGCCUCCAUUCCGCCCCAGCAUUAUCUCAAUAUCUCAUAGCCCCCGUCUCCGGCGACCGCGGGCAUGGCGGCGGCGACCGAGGUCUACUCGCCGAUGCCGGCGGCGCAGCACCGGGGGCAGGCGGCGUGGCGGGCGGUGGUAGGGUGGCUCGGGCUCCUCCUGCAGGUCCUUCUCCGGGCCAUCCGCGGCACGCCCUCCUCCCUGGCCAAGCUCCUCAGGUCCCUCGGCCUCCGCCACCCCCUCCUCUCCGCCGCCCCCGCGGUGGCCUUCGUGCAGCUCCCCUCCAAGGCCCCCUCCGACUCCGACGACUUGCCGCCCCUGUCUCCCCCACCUGGACGGCUCACGGUAGUGCUGGACUUGGAUGAAACAUUAGUCUGUGCAUACGAGUCAUCGAGCCUUCCUGCCACCGUGCGCACCCAGGCGGUCGAAGCAGGGUUGCAUUGCUUUGACAUGGAGUGCAUAUCAUCCGACAAGGAUGCCAAAGGCAGACAGAGGGUGAAUCAUGUAACUGUCUUCGAGCGUCCUGGUUUGCACGAGUUUUUGCAGAAAACUAGUGAAUUUGCCGAUCUUAUACUCUUCACUGCUGGUUUGGAAGGAUAUGCAAAGCCAUUGAUUGACAGGAUAGAUGCUCACAAUAGAUUCUAUCGCCGUCUCUACAGACCAUCAACUGUUACUACGGAAUACAGAGACCACGUAAAGGAUCUCUCUUGUUUGUCCAAAGAUUUCCGUAGAGUUGUACUUGUCGAUAACAAUCCAUAUAGUUUCCUACUGCAGCCGUUGAAUGGGAUACCGUGCCAUACGUUUUCAGCUGGACAGCCCAUGGAUGAUCAGCUUAUGAGAGUGAUCUUUCCGCUUCUCAAGCACCUUUCUCUUCAAAACGAUGUUAGACCAGCACUGCGCGACGCGUUUCAUAUGCCGGAGUGGUUCCAAAGUAAUGGGAUCCCACAAAUUGACCAGGCAAUGUAAGUUAUGCAGCAACUCUGCAACUGAAUUGGAUUAAAAGGUGAAAGCUCAAAAGCUAGCUGUGCUUCUCGGGGGUAUUACUUGUACAGUUCUAUUCGUUUAGGUCCUUCCAUACGAGCAAUUGUUCAACAUGGAGUAACCGUGCCCGCAGAGAAGAAAGAUGUAAUAUAGCUCUGGCAGACAUUUUUUUCUGUAAUGAACCUUAAUUUAUCAUUGUAUAGCACUUUUUGGUUGCUGAAAGUUCAGACAACCUUACUGA